UUUCAGGUUAUACGAAAAAGUUUUUUUGUUGGAUGGAAGAUACGAGAUGAGAUGGCAUCGUCAUUGAUUAAAAUAUUUCGCUUCAAAAAGCACAAAGAUUGUAAUGAUCUUAAUCGUAAGGAUUCUUCGCGUCAUUCGUUGCGAUGUUGUUCACCAAUUCCAUCUUGGCGAUCCGAUAAGGAAGCUAUCUAUAUAAGCGGUGCAUCAUGGACUCGACCAUCAGCGCCAUAUUCUGUUAUUACGGCACCAAAAAAAGGCAAACAAACAAGGUCAUGCCCUGGAGGAGUUUCCAUUUUCCCGAUUAAAUCAUCUAACAACAAAAAAUGCGACUCGGUUGAAAGCAAAAAUCCUGGGAUAGCAGCUGAUGUUAAAAAUCUGGAUGCUGAAAUAAAAACAUCUGAAUAUGGUAGUGCUGAUCCUAGUCCAACAGAUAGCUCACAAAGUGCUCCUCUAGCGUUCUUGGAAUCCAAAGCUGACACUGAACUUAAAGCCGAGAUUCAGAAAUACGAAUUUGAAAUACGCAGAUUAAGAAAACGUUUGAAGGAAGAACGACAUUAUUUCAAAGGACAAAUUAUUGCUGUACAAAAAGAGAAAGAUCAUAUGAGGCGUUACCUGGAGAAAGCUAGUCGAGCUGUUGUGCAUAUGCAACGAGGAAUUGAUCAAGAAAGACGAAAGAAUUCAAGUUUGAGGAAACAAUUGCAUGAAUCAGACAUUAUUAUUAUUGGUCUGCAAAAUCAACUUAGGAAUAACCAGUGUCGUGAAGUAGAACGUAUGGGCAAUGUUAGUUGUCCAUCAUGUGGUUCAACGAUUGUUGGCGCUGGCGAAGCACUCUGUGCGCUCACACACUCGAAUGCAAAUCUUUACGACGAUUCAUUUACUUCAAAUAUUAGUGAUGCACCGGAUGAAGUGAAGAGUUUCCGGAACAAAAGAUGUAGUACACCGGCAAUUGCACCAUCGCCAAGAACUUUUUCACCGUCUGUAAAGGGUGUUAAUGUACUUCCGGUGCAGAUGGCCGAAACAUCAUGUGUGAAGUCGCCUCAUAGUCCCUUGAGGCGUUCGUAUUCGGAUAGCGAAUUACCAUCGAUGGUUUCAACAACUGAAAUGGAAAGCGGCUCACAGGAAUGUUUACUGCAACUAACCCAUUUACCUACUCGUGGAGAAUUACUCUCCGAAAACUUGGAUGGUACUAGUUUUUCGUCAGAUGAAGAAACAACCAUUGAACUGCUAGAGAAGCAGCUAAGACGUCGUGGUGACAAUGUUCGCUUUGUACCUCCACGGCGAGCUGUACGGCAAGCAACUUUCCGUCGUUUUGGUCGUAAAGAAAUAAGUGCUUUGGCAGAAUUUGACUAUUUGCAAGAUUUUAGUACUGAUGCCAGUGGAAUCGCAACCAGUUCGGAUUAUUCAUCACCCGAAGGACGUUUGGGAUUAGGUAAAGAACGGAGAAUGCCCGAAGGUCGGACAUUAUGUAAAUUAAAGGUUUCGUUAUGAUUUAUUUGAA